CCAGUAUUAGUGCUGGACCUACGAAUUUGAGGAGCUGAAUGUGGAAUAAAUGCAGAAGUAGAAAAGCAACUUGAAAUGGGGAAGAAGUUAUUGGCUGCUGGACAGCUAGCAGAUGCGUUAUCUCACUUUCAUGCAGCUACAGAAGGAGACUCUGAUAACUACAUUGCUUAUUACAGAAGAGCCACAGUGUACUUAGCCAUGGGCAAAUCUAAAGCAGCAAUUCGUGAUUUAAGUAAAGUGGUUGAAUUAAAGCAGGACUUCACAUCAGCAAGAUUGCAGAGAGGACACUUACUGCUCAAGCAAGGAAAAUUUGAUGAAGCAGAGGAUGACUUUAAAAAUGUGCUCAAAUCCAAUCCUAGCAGUAAUGAGGAAAAAGAAGCCCAGACUCAGCUGACAAAAUCUGAUGAGCUACAGCGCCUGCAUUCACAAGCAUUAUCUGCCUACCAGCAAGAGGAUUACGAAACCGCUAUUUCUCUUCUUGAUGAAAUCUUGGCAGUUUGUGUUUGGGAUGCAGAGCUACGGGAACUUCGAGCCGAGUGUUAUAUAAAGGAAGGGGAACCAAGCAAAGCCAUUAGUGACUUGAAAGCUGCUGCCAAAUUAAAGAAUGAUAACACUGAAGCCUUCUAUAAAAUCAGCAGAAUAUAUUAUCAGCUGGGGGACCAUGAAUUAUCACUCAGUGAAGUCCGGGAAUGUCUGAAACUGGACCAAGACCAUAAGCGAUGCUUCUCUCUCUAUAAGCAAGUAAAGAAACUCAAUAAGCAGAUCGAGUCAGCAGAGGAAUUCAUCAGAGAAGGCAGGUAUGAAGAUGCUAUCAAUAAGUAUGAUUCUGUAAUGAAAACUGAGCCAGAUGUCCCAGUUUAUGCUACUCGUGCCAAAGAAAGGAUCUGCCACUGUUUAUCAAAGAAUCAGCAGACCACAGAAGCCAUAAAAGUCUGUACAGAAGUUCUGCAGCUGGAACCAACCAACGUGAAUGCCCUGAAAGACAGAGCAGAAGCGUAUUUGCUGGAAGACCUGUAUGAAGAAGCUAUUAAAGACUACGAGACUGCUCAAGCCAAUAGUGAGAACGACCAGCAGAUUCGGGAGGGUCUGGAACGUGCCCAGAGGAUGCUGAAGCAGUCACAGAAGAGGGAUUACUAUAAAAUCCUGGGAGUAAAAAGAAAUGCUCGAAAGCAAGAAAUCAUAAAAGCUUACAGGAAGCUGGCAUCCCAGUGGCACCCUGAUAACUUCCAGAGCGAGGAAGAAAAGAAGAAAGCAGAGAAAAAAUUCAUUGAUAUAGCAGCUGCUAAAGAAGUCCUCACUGACCCAGAGAUGAGGCGGAAGUUUGACGCAGGAGAGGACCCACUGGAUGCGGAGAGUCAGCAGGGUGGGGGCAACCCUUUCCACAGGAACUGGAACACGUGGCAAGGAUUCAACCCCUUUGGAUCUGGAGGAGGACCAUUUACAUUCAAAUUUCACUUCAGUUAGAGCCAAGACUGCUUUCAGUGGCUGCUGCUGCUGGUGGUUUUUUACUUAAUUCAUUGAAAAAUAAAAAGUCUUUCAGUUCAAGACCCAAAA